ACAGUUGUAGACUUGCACAAAUUCAACGCUUUCCUCUUCUUCUUUCAUUUCAAUUACCAGUCUCAUUCAAACUCAGGGGUGUUGGAGAUGAAUCUGUGGUUUGAUUAGGUUAUUUGGGAAUAAUUGAAAUAUAAAGAAAAUGUCUUUGAAGAGCAGAGGGGGUGAGUCAUCUUCGAAGAGGGGUGUUUCAAGAAAUCUCACUCUUUUUCUCUGCAUUGGAUGCUUUUUUGCUGGGAUGCUCUUCACCGACAGAAUGUGGGCAGUUCCAGAAACUAAAGACUUAUCCCAUUCUACUGGUGGGCCAGAUGAAAAGCAUAACUUAGUUUCAGAUGGUUGUGAUCCAAAAGUUAAGGAUGGAACGGGUGAGUCCAGGGAUGUUUUUGCAAAAGUUUCAAAGACACCUCAUGCUACGGAGGCUCUGGAUAAAACAAUUUCAGAUUUGGAGAUGGAGUUAGCUUCCACUAGGACCCUCCAGGAUUCCUUACUCGGAAAUUCUCUCUUAUCUGAAGAGCUGAAGAAUCCUGGGUUAGCCAAAAAGAGAAAAUACUUGAUGGUAGUUGGCAUUAACACUGCUUUUAGCAGUCGAAAGAGAAGAGAUUCAUUGCGCGCUACAUGGAUGCUACAAGGUGAUAAACGCAGAAAGCUUGAGGAAGAAAAGGGCAUUAUCAUCCGAUUUGUGAUUGGUCACAGUGCCACAUCAGGUGGUAUUCUUGAUAGAGCCAUUGAAGCAGAAGAUAAAAAACACGGAGAUUUUCUGAGACUGGAACAUGUUGAGGGUUACCUUGAGCUAUCAGCCAAGACAAAGACCUAUUUUAUCACUGCUCUCACGCUUUGGGAUGCCGACUUUUAUGUAAAAGUUGAUGAUGAUGUACAUGUAAACAUAGGGUCACUCGGAGCAACUCUUGCCAGGCAUCGUUCGAAGCCAAGGGUUUAUAUCGGAUGCAUGAAAUCUGGGCCUGUCCUAGCUCAAAAGGGAGCAAGAUAUUAUGAACCUGAAUAUUGGAAAUUUGGUGAGCAAGGAAACAAGUAUUUCCGCCAUGCGACAGGGCAAAUAUAUGCUAUUUCCAGGGAUUUAGCAACUUAUAUAUCAACAAACAGGCACGUAUUGCACAAGUACACAAAUGAAGAUGUCUCGUUAGGAUCUUGGUUCAUUGGAUUGGAUGUGGAACACAUUGAUGACCGAAGAUUAUGUUGUGGAACACCACCUGAUUGCGAGUGGAAGGCCCAGGCUGGCAACAUCUGUGUUGCUUCAUUCGACUGGAGCUGCAGCGGAAUUUGCAAUUCUGCUGAUAGGAUUAAGGAGGUGCAUCAGAGAUGUGGAGAAGGCGAGACAGCCCUGUGGGAUGCCGCUUUCUGACGCGUGUAGAGUUGCACGUGACAGAGAAUUCAAGGUGAGAAUCAUCCACAGAAUGCGGCUCUGCAACGUCAUGAUGCAUCGUGUUUAUCAUCCACAGAAUGCAGCUCUCACUAUGUAAAUGCAAUAUAUAUAGAGGGAGAGAGGGAUAGAGAAACAGGAAGAUGCUGCAAGAGACAUUGUUCCCAUUUUAGGCAAGGAGAUGGAUCAUUGUAGCAAACAUACUUGAGAGUUAGAAGCAAAGCUUGAGUAAAGUGUUGGUGGGAGUUUUGAGCCCACUUUCAUUACUAGUGUAAGUGUUUUCCAUUUUAACAUCAUUUCAGCUGCAGUAGUUAUGCUAUGUUCAUUAUAUUUUUGUAGUUGUGAAAAUUCUUGAUCUGACAAUGGUGGCAGCUUAUUGUGCAUUCCUUUCUAAUGUGGUUAAUGAAACUAUGCCUGGUGGUUUGUGGAUGUCCAA